CUGCAUUGGCUCCUACACUAACUGUACCUUGUCUGGCCUGAUCUGUGAUGAAGACUAUGAAGUAUAUGUGAAAGCCAGCCACGAGAAUUGCACCAGCGAAGCCAGUCAUUCUGUGAUGUUCAGCACAGGUCCUUGUCAACCAGAGGGUCUGUGGGUCACCUUCCACUGUAAUAAUCAGUCCGCAGUGCUCUCUUGGACCCCCAGUCAUAAUGCUGUGGACUACUACGGCUGUGCUCAGGCAGACAGUGGAGAAAUGCUAUACUGUCAUAGCACCGAUCCCACCUGCACCAUCCCCAAUUUGGACUGCGGGACGCUUUACAGCUUCACUGUGCAGGCCUCGGACGGCACCUGCAAUAGUUCACUGAGUGACCCGGUGGAGCGAGGAGCAGCCCCGUGUCCUCCUGACGCUAUUGAUGUGUGGCCUAUGGUGAUGUACAUGGAGGUCCAGACUUUACAAUUCACCUGGACGGAAAUAAGCUGCGCGGAUGCGGAGUACCUGCUGAGGUUAUCCGGGAACCUGCUCGGAGACAGCCAGGCCCAGUUUGAAGUGUCUUCCUACUGGACUGAAAGGACGGAGUUCGAGAUUCCACUUCCCUGUGGUUCUUCCUAUAGUGCCACAGUGGAGAGCAGGAACGUGGCUGGAGUUAGCAACCGGUCUGUGCCACUUACUGAUACAACAGCUCCAUGUAAGCCUUCCAUGGUGACCUACAGCAGCAACAGCUCAAUUGCCAGAAUUUCCUGGAACUCUUCCGUGUUUGCCACCAUGUACAACGUGUACAAACACAAUGUAUCCCCCAGCUCACGGUUGUGCACCACUUCAGGCCUGUCCUGCUAUUUGCAGCUCGACGUCAUGUCAGUGGACCUGCUGGUCACCGCCAGCAACGCUGUCGGGGAAAGCGAAGGAUCGAAUGUUAUAAACGUAGUGAUACACCAUGUCAGAAAAAGAGACGUCAGCGAGACUGGGGACCUUUCAGCUCCUGAGGUGAACGUCACGCUGGUCACACCGACGACCAUCAUGGCUAAUUGGACGCGAGUCGGUAAUUACACCAGCUUCAAGCUGCUACUCACGCAGCCUCAGAGCAGCUCAGCGUCACCACUGGAACUGACAGUACUGGAUUACAGCAUCAUCCUCCCUGGUCUGGAUCCCAACUGCUUUUAUUGCAUCACCGUGUCGGGCAAGAACGGUGAUGACGUUGGACUAGAGUCUGAUCCUGUGUGUUUGGAAACAGAAGAAAGUAAUUAGUCUAUUGCUGUAUAUAACAAAAACAUAUCUACACACAACAAGCCUGAUCAUAAUGUGACCAAAUGAAAUCACAUGACAUGGUAUAUAACU